AUGUCUGCGAAACUGGCUUGGGUCGAUAGCCCCACGAAUCCAUGGAGAAACAUUAUUAUUCCCCUAGCCUGGGGAUCAAAAAUGGUACUGGAUGCUGUAUUGGCCCUUUCUUCUGAGGAUUUAGCCGCAAAAUUACAGCAUGAUCACCCGCAUCAUCGGCAUUUCCAGGAUGCCUCACUGCGUUUGCGAAAUCAAGCUUUGAUCUCCUUGUCAAAUCAAAUUGCUCUCAUGAGCCAGGAGACGUCACUGACCAGACUUGAGCCAAGUCAAGCGCAGCAGGCUCUAGCUUCGGCACUUAUCCUAUAUAACGUCGAGUUGCUUGGUGCUGAAUCUGUCAAAUGGAGGAUGCAUCUUCAGGCUGCUAGGGCAAUUUUUCAAUGGAAGAAACAAAGGUUUCCGCGAGAAGCUCUCACAGACCAGACAGAUUCUUUCCUUCUAUAUGAACAGUAUUACGCGAGUGUUUUUGCAGGCCUCACGACUUUCGAUACGCCGGGUGAACCACUCGAUGAUAUUCAAUAUACCGACACAACAGCCUUUUUUGGGGACUUUGUGCAUAUCAUCAACCGGGCAACUCAAAUUGAGCGAAUCGAUUAUGACCAGAAGUAUGAGAUACAUCCGUCCUUGAUCACCAGCAUGGUACAGGAAGUAGAUGAAGCCAAGCAUUGCAUGGUAGCAUCGAGUCAAAUGCUUCAUUUUCCAGAUCAAGAUGCCCGAGUUAGUUUUCACCGCCUCGUCUGCAUUUUCCAUGAUGCAACCUUGAUAUACAUUCACCAGGCAUUAUCAAAGCACUGUCCACCAGAAGUUGAUGUUCAAUACCUAAGAGACUCGAUCCUAGAUAACUCGGCAUCGCUCUCUGGUAAGAUAUCAUUUGCCCAGGAUCUGAUUUGGCCUCUGUUUAUUGCAGGGACUGAAUGUCAAGGAUUUCCAGAUAAACAGGAGAUUGUAGCUCGCGACAUUGAAGUCGUGAUGAGAAUAAGUGGCACUCUAGAUCGACGCAAGGUUUUGGAUUUCCUACGGCAUUUUUGGUCACUGGGGCCAGAAAGCAGUGUUAGCUGGAUUCAACUGAUGAGAACACAAGCUCCGAACUACCAUAUGUUGAUUUUAUGA